GAGACAUGGGGUGUGUUUCAGCAGCUUUAGUCCCUUCUUCUUCUUUAUAUACAAAUGGCCACCUUUCUUCUCCCAACAAUUAUACUUCUCUAUCCGUGGAAGAUGGUGGUAACCAGCUGCAAUGGCUAGGCGGAUACGAUUUGAUAGUAGAUUUAACUCUUAUAGGAUACGUGCGUUGUCAGGAUCAUGUCCGAAGGUUGCAACUUCCCAAAGGAUGUCAGGCGUUUGAGGUCCAUAUUCGAAAUAUGGAAGUGCUCUCGGAGGAGGUGCUCCCGGGUUUUCCGGAGGUUAUGAGGUGCAGAGGGGGUACACCGGAAUUUUCAGGUUGGCAAUUUCAAGUUUCACCACCCACUAUUCAGUGCAUUGUAGAAAAGGCUUUAGUUCGAAUAACAAAGCUCGAACGAGAGCAUCUUCACUUUGUCGGUGCAAGUCGGACAGAUACGGGAGUUCAUGCUUGGGGUCAGGUGGCACACUUCAUUACACCUUUCAAUUAUGACAGCUUGGAGACUGUUCAUGCUGCUCUAAAUGGGCUUCUUCCUUCCGACAUCCGAGUUAGAGAGAUUGCUGCUGCAAGACCCGAAUUUCAUGCUCGGUUUUCAGCAAAAAGCAAGGUUUACCACUACAAGAUUUAUAAUGACAGCAUCAUGGAUCCAUUUCAGCGUCAUCAUGCUUACCAUAGUUAUUAUAAACUCAAUACCGCAGCCAUGAGAGAAGCAGCAAAAUUGUUUAUUGGAAAACAUGACUUCUCAGCUUUUGUUAAUGUUUCACGUAAUGACCGAGUGCCCAAUCCAGUGAAGACAAUAUUCCGUUUCGAAGCUAUUGAAAUGGUAACUCUCAUACAGCUUGAGGUUGAAGGUUCAGGAUUUUUGUAUCGACAAGUUCGAAACAUGGUUGCUUUGUUGGUUCAAAUUGGAAAGGAAGCAAUUCCUGCAGAUAUUGUUCCAAAGAUUUUGGCAACUCAAGAUCGUAGAGAACUGGCUAAAUUUGCCUUGUCCGCCCCACCGCACGGCCUUUGUCUCGUGUCUGUCAAAUAUAAUGAAGAGCACCUGCGGCUUCCUUCGGAGUGCCCCACAACUAGCUUUGGUAGGUACCACACUAUCAGCAAAUGUAAGCUCUUACAACUCACAAACCCUAAAUUUUGAACAUAUCUGAAUUAGUCAGCAAAGAAAUUGAUUGAGAUUUUCUUAGUUUGUUUAUGGUCUCUGUGGUGAAAACUUGAAAGUUCCAUCCACUGAAUCCU